CAGGUGUUAUCAGUGGCAUGGGCUUCCCGCUUAUAUAGAGCACUUGUCAAAUGAGCAAGCUGAUUUAGUUCGCUAUCGUUAGAGGAAGUUAACGGACCACAAAGAUCUUCUCUGAUUUUCAAUAAUGCUGUGGAGAUUUUUAUCUCCACUGGUGGUCUUGCUGGGUUUGGUAGGAACCGGUGAACCCCAGUACACCGGUUGUGAUUAUGCAGAAGUAAUAGAGCCUGGACGUUCCUAUCCAAUUUUCAGUCCAGGAUACCCAAACAAUGAAAAUUAUCGUCCUGGAACUUUCUGCAGAUGGAAUGCGAGAAGCAGUCGACCAAUACAGAUAAAAUGCCAGCCCUUCAUAAUUCCCUAUCAGUCGCCUGGCUGUACCCUGGACGUCCUAUUAAUUCAAACGAAUCCCAGGGGGGCUCAACGCUACUGCGGCGAGGGACAACUGAACCUGGUAUCGGAGGGCAAUCAAGUAACGAUAGCUCUGCAGAGUUCGCGUUAUUCACCUGGAGGAAGGUUCCUCUGUGUCCUUCAAACUGUCCCUGAUCAGAUUGACACCUGCCGUUGUGGAUGGAAGAACCCAACGAGAAUAGUGGGAGGUACGACAACUGGAGUUAAUGAGUAUCCCAUGAUGGCUGGUGUCAUCCACAUCACCCUGAGAAUUCUUUAUUGUGGGGGUACUAUUAUCAAUGAUCGUCAGGUUGUCACGGCAGCUCAUUGUAUAACUGACGGUAUGAGUAUUCGGAACGUCGCGAUUCUAGUUGGAGAUCACGAUUUAGAAAAAGCUACUGAAACCAACGCUACAGUAUUGCAUACACUCAUUGGAAUCGUUCUACAUCCUCGUUACAAUGCAGAUAAUCAAAAUAACGAUAUUGCCAUUCUUACUACAGCGACUCGUAUCACGUUUAGCUUACAAGUGGGCCCUGCCUGUCUUCCUUUCCAGCAUAGGUUUGACUCAUUUUCAGGGAAUUACGUUGAGAUUCUAGGAUGGGGGUCAGUUGAAUUUGGUGAGGGACAGUCCAAAACCCUCCAGAAAGCCGAGGUUCGUGUAUUGACUCCGCUAGAUUGUCGAAAAUCUCACCCCAACAUCAACGGAAAUCAGACGUGCACCUUGGGGGCAGGAAAAGACUCUUGUCAGUACGACAGCGGUGGACCUGUUCUCUGGAGAAAUCCAUCCACUAAACGCAUCGUUCUCAUAGCUCUCGUCAGUUUCGGAAGUGCCUGCGCGAGUGGUACUCCAGCUGUCAACACCAGAGUUGGCGGGUUUAUCGAAUUUUUUGCAGCGAAUAAACCUGCCGAUUAUGAAUACUGCAUUGAAGAAUAACUGUGGCCAAUACGAUACGAUGUUACAUUGAAAAACCUUCAGAUAAAAAGACUGUCAGAUGAAAAUCAUCUGUUUCAAAUCACAAAUUUGUUUACCAUUAAAUUUCAUCGCAUGUGUUAACAGUUCACAGAGUCAAUCUCUCAUUUCAAUUUGAAUAAUUGUAUCCAUCUGAAAAUGGACUCAAUGACGUGUCAUAGAACCAUAGAGUAUGUCAUGACGUCAGACGAUAUUUUCCUGUCCCUAGUAAUAGUCCCAGGUGAAAAGUACAAACGUAAAUAAAUUCACAGACUCGAUUAUCAUUCUCCAAAUACUUCAUUAUCACCUGUAUAAUAAAUAAAAUGUUCAAUCGUAA